GCGCAGAGACCUAAGCGCAGCUCAGCCGCACUGCACUCAGACCCUGUGCUGGGGUACUCCACUCUGGAAGCCUGAUCUCAGGGUUCAGGUUUGCCCGUCUUUGGGCGGCAGGGCAAGGAUUUCUCCGUGUGUCCUUGGCUGUCCUAGAACUUCCCCGGCGGACCAGGCUGUCCUGGAACUUAGAGAUCCACUUUCUUCUGCCUCCCAAGUGCUAGGAUUAAAGGACCCUUCACCACAGCCUCCACAACCAUGGACAAGUCCAGCAUACAGGAGCUCCAGCAACCCUUACUGCCAAGCAUAACCUGUGACCCGGCUCCCAGGGCUGAGACGCCAGAGCUGGGCACCCCAUUCCCAGAAGCUGUCUUUGCGGGGUCCCCGAGAGGCUGGCAGCUCCUACUCCCACCUCUUCCUUCAGUGAGCGCUGGCCUGGGGGAGCCGGACACCCCUGACCUUGAGGACACAUCAUCCAGUGACAGUGACUCAGAUUAUGAUGGGGGUGACCGGCUCUCUCCACUUCUUCCCCACGACCACCUCGGCCUGGCGGUAUUCUCUGUGCUGUGUUGCUUUUGGCCUGUGGGCAUUGCAGCCUUCUGUCUGGCUCACAAGACCAACAAGGCUUGGGCCAAGGGGGACGUCCAAGGGGCAGGGGCUGCCUCCCACCGAGCUUUCCUGCUGGGGGUCCUUGCCGUGGGGCUGGGCCUGUGCACGUAUGCGGCUGCCCUGGUGACCCUGGCUGCCUACCUUGCCUCCCGAGACCCGCCCUAGUUGCCCUUCGACCCCCACUGUGACUGCAGAGGCCAGAGGACCAUCAACUCCGUGAGCAGAACGGAUGAUCUCGGUGCACA